UGAAAAGAUUUAUUUAGGGAGUGUAGUGAAGCAAAAACUUAGGGUUUUUCGGUGUGAAAACAAUAACCCUGCGGUGUUGUUCCUACCAACUUUUGUUUACUUUUACUUUGAAAUUAUCGUGAUUAAAAGCACAAAGAAAAACGAACAGUGCGAUAAAUGUGAAAACGUUUCAUGAUUGUAAGUCAUCAAAUCUGGGAAAGUAUGUUAUACGCAAGUGAGCCUUCAUAAUUACAUCCUUGUGUCGUGUACGUAUAAGUCGCAGAACAAUAAAGUUGCGCAGCGAUCAUGCAGCUAUGACUCAUAUCUACCAUGUAGAGGGUGCACUUUUAACGAGUUUUUGAUAGUCUUUGUCCAUUUCCUAAAAAUUAGUCUAUUCCUGGUUUGGAAAUUUUCUUGAAUAAGCAAACAAACAAGGACUGGUAUUUAAAUUCAUUCAAAUCAAAAUCAAAGUAAAGCUCAUAACUUUAACUGCAGAUUUAGUUGUCAUCAUUUACGUUACUGGGGUCGCGGCUUGAAUUAAGUUUCCGGACAUACUGUGACCCUGCCUCCAAAAUCACUUGGCUGCGGCUUGAAAGUAGACAGACCACUAUGGGAACUGGCUGCAGCCAUUGCCAUACUUGCAUGCAUAGUUUCUAGCCUCAGCCAAGUCAUUUGGACACGUAUACAGCCUCGCUCAUCAUCAGAGAUAGACUGGUCCCCCAUCCCCCUUCGAAGUCCGAGGACAGAUUGAAGGACUAGGAACCAGUUUAAAUCGUAAGGGCCGUGAAACAUCAAAAUGGAAGCCGUUCCGCGUAUGUGUAUGCUCAGUUUGGAGCUCAAAUGGAGCUUGGAAAAAGUGGAAUUUGGGCCCAGUCUCAAACAGUACAUUCAGAAUCAUUACAUGGAAGAGCCUGGCAAAUACAAUGAAGAAAUCAAGCAACUUGACCAACUGCGAGUGAAUGCUACUAACGUGACCCGAGAUUUCAAUGGUAUCAGCACCCUGAAGAAAUACUAUGGCCAGCUUCACCUGCUGACUAGCCGGUUCCCAAUCACAGAUGGAGGGGAAGCUGCACCUGUCUUCACAUGGAUUGAUACCUUUCAUGAGGAGCCAUUUUCCCAUGCUGAUGCCGCCUUUGAUCAGAGCUGCAUCCUCUACAACCUUGGAGUUCUCCAUUCCAUCUUGGGAGCUAAGGAGUCUCGGGCCAGUGAAGAGGAGAUGAAGGUUGCCUGUACUCAUUUCCAGUGUGCUGCGGGUGCUUUCAGCUACCUCAAGGACCAUUUCCAGAGUUGUAUGAGUCCGGAUAUCUCCUUUGACCUCAUGACAAUCUACAUUAAUCUAAUGCUGGGACAGGCCCAAGAGUGUCUACUGGAGAAAUCCAUGCAGGACAACCGUAAGAGCUCCCUGGUGGCUCGCAUCAGCAUGCAGGUGAUUGACUACUACCGUCAGGCACUCCGGGGACUGGAGGAUAGCAACAUCAGCAGUCUGAUGGGCUCUCGCAGGAGCAAGACAUGGAGGAAGACCAUCCAAGUUAAGAUCGCACACUUCCUUAGUGUGGCCUAUAUGUACAUGAGCAACCAGUCACAUGAAAAGCAGAAGCAUGGUGAGAGAGUGAGCUGGCUUCAGCAAGCCUUGGACAGACACAACGAAGCUAUCAAAUUAUCAAAGGGAGCAGACAAUGCUAUCCUUCAAGCCCUCAACUUCACCAAAGAUGUGGUCCUGGGGAAGUUUGAUGCUGCCAAAAAGGAUAACGACUUUGUGUAUCAUGAUGCCAUGCCAGCAUUCGAGAACCUCCCAGAAAUUAAAGGUGCCUCCCUGGUCAAAUCUUUGACCUUUCAACCCUAUGACGAGAGCAUAGCGGGGCCAGAUAUCUUCAAGAAGUUGGUUCCCAUAGAAGCUCACGAGGCUGCCUCAAUGUACAGUGAAGAAAAAGCCAAACUGCUUCGACGGGUGGGAGAUGAAAUCGAACAGAAGUCUAAACAUCUGGAGCAGUUUAUGGCCUCCUUGCAGCUUGACCAGCUCAAACUUGACGCUGCAGACGAGCCUGAAAGACUGCCUCAGGUCAUGUUGGAGGUGUGUGCUGCCCUCAGUGUCAAGAAUGAUCCCAUCAGGCAAUUGGUGAACUGCAUGCAAGAGUUGUCUGGAAUUGCUCUUGAUGUUGAUGCUGAUGUUAAAGAUCUGCAAGAAAUCCUGGAUGAAGAGGACAAGCAGGAAGCAGAGUUUCAGAAGGAAUGUGGGAAGCGCCCAACAAAAAUCCUGGAUGACAUCAAGCAAGAGUUCUCCAAGUACAAGGAGGGCAAUUCCAAGGCCAGUCGGUCUAACCAAGAUCUGCAUAAUGCCAUGGAAAAGCACAUUCAGAACAUACGCAAGCUAGCCAGUCCCCUGGAUGAGUUACAGGCCUCCCUCCCGUCAAUCAAAGACGCUCAGUCAUCAGCUGACAAGGAGGUGGAAUCCAAACUGAAGAUGCUUAGCAAGAAGGUAGAGGAAAUGAAGAACCAGAGGACGAGCCUUGAGACUCAGCUGCGAGAUCAGCUGCGUAACGAUGACAUCACCAACCGAAUUGUCAUCACAGAGGGGGGGAACCUGAAGGGAUUGUUUGAAGAGGAAAUGAAGAAACAUGACACUAUUGUGGCUUACAUCGAGCAGAACCUCUCUGCCCAAGAGAACAUCUUAAAGGCCUUGACAGAAGCCAAUGCUGCUUAUGCUGAUACCAGAAAGAAUUACGCUGACAUUACAAGGAAACGAGAUGACAAGAUCCAGGAGCUGAUAGGGUCGUACAAAGUGUAUGAUGACCUCGUGGCCAAGUCCCACAAGGGUAUUGAGUUCUACAAGAAGCUCCAGCAGGAGCUGAGCAAACUCCUUACUCGGACCAAGGGGGUCGUCAAGGUCAACCAGGAAGAACGAGAGGCUACCAUGGCCAGGCUGAAACCAAAACCAGUGCAAGCUAGACCCUCGGCACCCAAGCCUGUCCUCCCUGCCAAUCCUGUACCUUCAGGUCCCAAACUUUCUGAUUUCUGGAAACCCAAGUCAUCUGCCCUCACCCCACCAGUUGGAGGGGGCAGUAUUGGCAGUGUGCCAACGAUGCCAGCAGCAGUAUCUGGGCAGCAUCCAUUGCCUCUGGGCCAUGGACCCUACCCCAGCCAGGGUUUAGCAAGGCAAUCUAGUUUUGACUCCCCAUCAAGCCUGUCUUCGUUGGAUAGUUACAGGCUGCCUUCUCAGACGCCCUCACUUUCACAGUCUGGGUCAGGUUCUGGCUCACCAAUCCAUGUAGGGCAGCCAAGCAGCACAGCUAGUGACCCAUCAAGGAUGCUCCAAGGUACUCCUACAGUUCCCCAGAAUCAACCUUCUGGCCCUGUGUCUCUCCAAAGCCAUCCCCCUGCUGGCGGGCUGCCACUCAGCCAGGCACAGCAACCUCAGCCAAGUGUACCACAUCCAGGAAACCUACCACACUCUCAGAUCCCCAUGAUAUCAUCUUCUGGAUCCCAGCAGCCAGCGAUGCCUGUCAGCAGACCUCAAAUGCAGCAACCCAUGAAGCCCCAGCCAUUCAGCCAGUCACAACCCCAACCACCACCACAGCUAGCUUCAGGAUCGCUGCGUACUCAGCAAAUACAGGCGCCGCAUUCACAGCAGCAGCCUGGAUACUCUUUUACCAGCUCUGCACCACCAAGUAGCUAUCCUCAGCAGUCAGUCCUUCACAUGCCACCUGGCGCCCACCAACAGCAAACUGACCAACAGCCUCACAGUGUUCAAGCCCAGCCACACACCAGCACAGCCAUGGUUAGCAGCAUCACAACCCCAAUCCCGGCAGCUGUAACUCACGUACCGAUGCAAAAUCCAAACAAUGUGAAUGCCCACCAGUCUCUUAAUGGGCAUCAGCAAAUUCCUCAAGGAGGGAGUUCACGUCCACCGCACCUGAGCAGCCAGAUGCAGUCUCAGCCCUCUGUGAUGCCGCAGUCUAACAUCCCACCACAGCCUCAGCAAAUCAACACACCACUGCCAAUGAACCAACCACACUCUGGAUACCAAAGUGUCAUGCAACAGCCACAGAAGCCAAUAGCCUCACAGCCUGACAGCAAGUCACAAUUCACAAUGAUGCCAAACCAAAUAAGACAGGCACAGCCACCACAGAGUACAUCACAGCCUUUGAGCCAUCAACAAGGAAUGUCGCAGCUGCCAGGUGUCCAAGGAGCUCACCCCACUGGUCCACAGCAGCAGCAACACCAUCAUUACCAGCAACCUGCUCAGCAGUUCACCCAAACACCAAAAGCUAGUCCCCAGCACAGGCCCCAACAGAAUACUCAGCCCAGGCAUCCUACCCCAUCUGGUCCUCAGCAUAUGGGGUCACAACAGUUCAACAUGCCACCGAGCCAAACAUCUACAGCUAGCCCUCAGCACAGAAUGCCUCUGCAACAAGGUCCAGCACAGCCAAGUCCCAAUCAGCAGGCAGGUUUCGGACAGGGCAUGCCUCCGCCACAGCAGCAGUACCAGCAACAAGAGAACCAGCAACAGCUUCAACAGCAGCCUCUAAAUCAGCCACAGUUCUCAGCCACUCACCCUCAGCAAGGAAGCCCUGUCAGACAUGGGCCUCAAGGUAUACCUCAAAGUGUCAGGUAUCCAUCCCAGGCUCAAGGACAGCAGGCUUACCCUCAGCAGCAACCUGGGUCAGCACAGAACUUGCCUCCAGCCAACCAAGCAGCAGCUUUGUCAGGAGGUGGUAUGCCUGGCAUGAGACCAGCAGGUACUGCUGGACAGCCUCCUCAUGGCAUUGGACACCAGCAAGCUAACAUCGGACAACCCUUGAGCCAUGCAGGAAGACAUCAGAUGGUCCCUACAGGGCAGCAGCCUGGUUCAGGUAGGCAACCCACAUCAGUGAGUCAAGUUGUUCCUACAGGGCCACAGCCAGGAACCACGGGUCAUCCACCAAAAGUGGGGCAGGCUGCACAAGCACCAUAUCCACAGGCCGGGGGUCAGGUGUUGCGAGGUCCACAACUACAGCACCAACAACCAGUCCCUACUCAGCAGCAGCAGCAGCCAGUGCAGCAGCACAGUGGUCCAGCACAGUCCAACCACCAGCCCUAUUCUCAGCAGCCACAGUCACAGCAGAGUGGUCAGUACACUGGCGUUCAACAAGGCACGGGGUAUGCAAACCAGUCACAGCACCUGCCGCAGGGUUUCAGCCAGCCCAGUCCAGUCCAGCUAUCCCCAAGUGUAAACCCACCCAACCAAAGAAUGCCUCUUCCAGGUAACAACCAACCACCUGUUGCAAAGCCACCCAACCCAAGCAUGCAGCCACCUGUCAUGAACCCUCCCCUUCACCCUAACAUGCAUCAACCCUUUCAAAGCAUCACCACAUCCAGUGCCAACCCUUCUCAUCCAGGAAUGCCCAUGCAACAACCUCACGCUACCGCUGUUCUACCCCCAGGAGGAUCUUCGAAUCAGCCUUACCAACAGCCGGUUCAACCCCCUCUGAAUCAAGUGCAACAGGUCAACAAAGCCCUGAAGGAGGAGCAGCGACGCCUGCCUCAGCCUUCCCUGCAACCUGUGAAGAUAGACCCCAGCUCCCGUGACUUGCUCUCCAACAGCCCGGACAGUGAGCAGAUAUCCCUUGGUAAACCCCUGGUACCACAGACGGACACUUCAGAAGCUUCACCCGAAGAUGCCACCUCUACAACCUCAGUGGAGGCCCUCACCUUCCCAACAACGACACCACCCACACAGCCUUAUUCGUCUAAUGAGGCAGCGUUGUCUGACAUUUUCAAACAAACUGGACUUCCCAGCACCUCCACCCAACCUGCAAAAUUGGCAGAAAGUCAAUCCCCAGGGAAGCCAAUCACAAUUGUGCCAUCCACAGUACCCUCAUCAGCAGGACAGUCUGUCAUUGCUCGCCCAUUUCCUAAGUCUAAAGAUCCCUAUGAUGAUAAGCACACACUGGAUAAAUUUGUGGAUGAGGUUGAGAGAUUUGAGAAGUAUGUAGAUGGGCUUGGGAAACAGAUGCUAAGUGGGCCAAUAGUACUUGAUGGACUGUGGAAGGAACUGAGUGAAGCACAGGAUCGUGACACCAGGCAUUGUUCCAUUGCUGUUGCCCGUUGCUACUCUAUCAAGAACAGACAUCCGGAUGUAAUGCCAUAUGAUCAUAAUCGUGUCAAGCUUCAAACUGGCAAGGAUGAUUACAUCAAUGCCAGUUUCAUCAAUGAUUUAUCCCCGGCCUCCCCUCGCUUCAUUGCCACCCAAGCUCCUGUAACCUCUGCCUUCAGUGAUUUCUGGUUGAUGGUCUAUGAGCAGCAGGUUUCCUUGAUAGCCAUGCUAGUUUCCCAGGCGCCCACAGCCAAGAGCAAAGCAGAUUUUGACCAGUACUGGCCCGAGGAGCGAGGCCAGGUCAAGACCUACGGGUCCAUCCUUAUCAGCCUUCAGAGCAAGAGAUCCACUGACCACCAGAUAGACAGGACAUUCCAUCUGAUUCACAAGGACACCAAACAAGAGAGGACUGUCUUUCAGCUUCAGUUUACUGCCUGGCCAGAAUUUGGAGUUCCGAACCGACCUGCAGACCUGCUUCAGUACAUCAGUGAAGUCAAUAGUUACUACAUGCAGCAGAGAAGUCUUAGCACUCCUAUUGUAGUGCACUGCAAUUCUGGAGUUGGACGGACGGGGACAUUCUGUCUGAUCUAUUCGGCAGUUCGGGAAAUGAUGUGCGGGGGCGGUAUCAUUGACAUUCCCAGGAAGGUGAAGACACUGAGACAACAGAGGAGAGGCAUGGUGGCUGAGAAGGAACAACUGAAGUUCACCUACACAGCAGUCUUGUGUUUUGCACAGCAGAUCCUCUCAAAGCGUGGCCUAUCUGUUAAGUCGUCAGUGUCAUCUCCGCAGGUUGACCUGAAAAACCUUCAGCGAAUCACCUCCUUUGAUGUGAUCAUGGGCGCCGAUUCAGUCACAAGUCUCCACUCAAGGAUUUCCAAAAUGUCUGUCCGGACCAGCACCUCAGACCCCAUGCCUGCACCAGACACUACAGGCCCUGUGUUGCAGGACAGCCUGACCGAUCAAAGCUCUCUUUUGCCUGUGAGUGAUAAUGAACCCACCAAUCAAGGUCCAGUAUUGCCACCUGAAAUUGAACCUGAGACUCCAGCCGAAGUGGUGCCUUGUGAUGAGGCAGCGGACGAAGCAGGUCAAGCGGACUCCCCUGCCAAGUCACGCAGCCCCUCCAACCCCUCCUCUGCUGUUCAGGCAACUCCUUCCUUGGUGGAGUUUACGGAAUCAAACCUGACUGACUUCAGUCUAAAUCCGCCCCAGUUCAUCCCGGAUGUAGUGGAGUCCAGCCAGCAAGAAGGUGGAGCCCCAGCCCAGGGCUCAAAGAGUCCCGGGGAUGGGUCCUUGCCUUCCAUCCUAGCUGACCUCACACCACAAAACUUUUCCAUCAAAGGCAACUCCAAGCAGAGGAUUUCCAAGGCAGACUUCACUGGACAGAAGAGCAUGUUAGGAGCCAACCAAUCAGAAGAUGACCCUCUCGGCUCACUGGAUCCGCUGUGGACAAUGAAAAGCAAAGAAAAAUAAUAAAAUUCUUCUUCAGUGCAUGGAAAAAUUCUACUGAAUCAAUGCCAUAGUGUGAGUCUUAUAUUGUAUCAGUCUAAGUGAAUUUAUGUCCAGGUGAAUUACAUGAGCAGACCAGGUAUCUUGCCCGAGCCUGUUCAUGACCUUGGUAUCUUCAGCUGUGGUCUUGACUUGGCCGUGAACAAUGGUGGUCAUAAAGUGAUUUCCAGUCUUGCAACCUAGACUAGAGAAUGACCAUAUAAUUUAUGAAGCUUUGAAACUGUGUUAAAGUGAAGAUUUUGCUUGUUUUAAGAACUUUGCAUUUGGUUGUAUGUAGAGAACCAAAGCCUAUGAAUACUUGCUGAACCUGUAAAAAUAUUGUACACCGUCAAAGUUCAAACAUGUUUGGUGCAAGGAUAUACUAGAUUACUUGUACAUACUAUUGAUUACCUGCUACACUGUGAGCUGAAAGCUCUGAUUUAAUUUAUGAGAACCACUCAAAAGAAUGCAUUGCUGCUGAAUUGAUGUUAACGCAUAAGUGUGGAUAUUUUGAUGACUCAAUACCAACAGGUGAUGGUGUUUUGAUGGCUUUCAGAUAGAUUUGGCCCAAUUUACUGAGUGAUUCCAUUGACAUCCAAGCAGUGAGUGCUGUCCUAAAGCUGUCAGAUACGUUCACCAGUGAGGGCAUUUCUAAUAUUAACCUGUACCAUCCUCAAUUAAUCAAUGUGGAAAAAGUGUAUAGGUAUAGUGUAAUUUGGCGGCCACGAUUAGAAGCCACGACUGUGGUGGCACAACAUUUCAGGACAGGUGGUGCACAUGCGCAAUACAUGCCUUUUCAACCAAAAGGGUGUCAUGAUUUGGCAAAUGUAUGUGCUUGUCAAGUCCAAGAAUGCACCUGUGUAAUGUGGUGCCACCACAGUUAUGUCUUCUCUUUGAAUAGUCUGUAUCUUGCAUACACAGUUGUAUGCGCUAUGUACAUCAGCCAAAUACGUAAACCAUACAAAUAAUACACCUGCCAAUACAACCUUUGUGUCCAUUGUAUUAAUGUUUUAAAUAGCCUAAACCCAAGUAAGAUGUGUUGCAUUUAAUUAAAAAUAAUAUCUUUAUAUGUUGAAAUAUAUUAUUGAAUACUUUAACAAAUUAUGAUAAUUGAAAAAUGUUUUUAUAUUUCGUUCAAAGCAGAAACUACAUCUAUACAUUAAUAAUGUACUACCCAAAAAUAUUGCUGCGUUUUAGAUUACUGAAAACAUUUCAAACAGCUUUUUCUCAAGUUUGUAAAAUUUGAAGGUUUGCAUGCACAGACUGCUUUAUCCUAUUGAUGGACAAGUGUACUGUCUGAAAUUGUGACUUAAAAUUUUACCAGCACUUCUUCUGAACAAUCCUUUCCUCCUAGAAGUCAAAUAUAACAUUCUUGUAUUUUACUAAACUGUUUCCUGUACGUACAAGAAAUUCUCCUUUUAAAGCCCACCAGUUGGUUGGAGUGCAUUCUCAGCACAUUCACCAAAAUCCCCAUCUAAUAACAAUUAUACCAAUAAUGAGUGCCUAUAAAAUGUUGUGCUUUAUCAGUUAAGUCUCUAAGUACUUCCCAAUUAUUAUCCCAGCUCACUGAGCCAUGAAAUCAGUUUCUGUCAAAGCUCAAGAUCAGCACAACUUGAUCAUUACCCAUCAUAUUCCCAUUUAUGAUACUCUGGAUGGAGAGAGGCAGUUGUUACAUGUCUUACCUAAGAAACACAAGCAUUAUGGCACCUGUGGGCUCUGAAACCACACAAUGUCACACCCGAGUCCAACACCUGAACUGUUGGACCAUGUACUCCCCCAUAAUCCAUAUGUAGUGAUAUGCAUGUAUAUUUUGUGACUGCAAGUACUUGUGUGUAAAUGCCUGUGCAUAUUAUGAAUGAGAUCUGUAAUGAUGUAUACCUUGUUGUAUUGUUUGUAAUAUUUUCUCUUCAUCAGUUAUCAAUAGUGAAUCAAUGAUUUAUUUUGGUUUGGAUUUAACAGUUGAGCAGUCCUCAGAUAAACUUACCUCUAGACAAAGCAAGGCAAAGUGUUGUGUAAGUCUGUGGUACUUCAUCUGUGCUUUACUCAGCAAUAUAACACAGCUAUUGGUAUGAAAAGUGUGUCCAACCUGCAUUGAAAACCCAACCACUGUGAACUAACACAGCGAUUUGAUAAACUAGUCUCAUUGUAAUGUUCACAUAUUUCUUGUGCAAACUUGCUAAGUGAUUGUGGCUGUACGUUCUAAAAUCUUUCUAUUCACACAGUUUUUGGUUUGAUGUUGCUACUGCACAGCAGUGUGACAGUCAAUUAUUUUGCGCAAAUUUGUGGAUCAUCGUUGCUUUAGUGUGCCUCUGUAUUGCUAAUAUGAAACAUACCAACUCAGAAUGUAAUGUGGUACUGGAAAGAAAAUGUAGCACACAUACAUAUACGCAGUCUGUUUUAUUCUAGCAAACUUGUCAUGUCAUUAUUGUGUGAAUAUUCAGGGUGAAUGGUCAUGUUAGUGUGAAUAUUCAUGGUGAUUGGUCAUGCUGGUGUGAAUAUUCAGAUUGAAUAUAAUGUUGGAAAUGAUAGGAAAACAUGAACUUGUUGGUGAUACAUGAAGACAUGUCUUUUUUUGUAUUAGCUGAUUUUUUUCUUUGUUUAUUACUCGUAUCUGCUACUGGAAAUUAUAAACAUUGUGCAAGGUUAUGUGUA